UGUGUGUGUGUGUGUGUGUAGGGGUGAGCUGCAGGAUCUUCAGUGUCUGUAUGUCCAGAGUGUGGCUCAUGCAGGAGAGCAGGCAGAACUCAUCCAGCAGCUGGAAGGUCUCAACAUGGACACACAGCAGAUCCUGCAGAGCCAAGAGAGAGUACACACCACACACACUGCCUCAUACCACAAGCUGUACAGUGAGUUGAGUGUUUCCUACCAGGCCCUCCGUGUCAGUGAGGAGCAGCUGCGACAGAGAGACGCCUCUCUCACUGAACAGCUUUGUCAGAAGGAAAAGCAGGUCUCUGAACUUCAGGACCAACUUCAGCAGAUCCAACAGCUGGUAACACCCCACCCUCUGUCCCAUCAGCAGAAGAUAGAGCAGGAGUGUGUGGAGGCUGCACAGACUCAAGAGUGUGUGUCUCACUUCGCAUCCUCUGAGACUCAGAGCUGUGGUACACAAACAGAGCAGGGUUCUAGGUCUGUUUCUCCAAGCAGUAAUAGAACAGCUGAGAAUAAAAUCCAGCAGUUGGAGGAGUUACUCAUUCUCAAGACAGCAGAGAACGAGGAGUUAAGGCGAGCUCAUGCAAAGCGUCACGAUCGUCUGCGCCUGAUUCAGACCAACUACAGAGCGGUGAAGGAGCAGCUGAAGGAGGUGGAGGACACACAGGACCUGCCUAAAGGCAGUACAAGGCGAGCUGAGACGUGGGAGCUCCGUCAGGAGAACAGUGAUGCCGUUUGGAACGAGUUGGCCUUCUUUAAACGCGAGAACAAGAAGCUUCUUGCUGAGAAGUCUCAGCUGGAGGAGGAGUUGGAUGUGGCUCGUGUUCGAGUGGCCAUGGAGCGAGCCACAGCUCAGGAGUUACGUCUGCAUCUGCACGAAGAACAGCAAGAGCUGCAGCUGAAUGAUGUUGAUGAGGACAGAGUGAGCAGCACACCUUUACCUGCUGUACACAGAAUACACUCCUCUAUUAGAAAGAUUGAAGUGUUGGAAAGGAAGAUGGUGUGUCUGGAGAGAGAGACGUUGAAGCUGCGAGAGGACAAGCAGACUCUACAGGACACCUGUGAUCUCCUGCGUAGUGAGCUGGAGGAGGCCCGUGUGCGUGAGGAAGUGACCCAGGCCCAGGUGAGUGCAGAGCGGGACAGGCUGCUAGGUGAGGCCCAGGCUCUACAGGCCCAGUUGGAGAAAUCACACAGAGCACAGACUGCGUGUCAGGCGGCGUUAAUGAGGGUGAGACAGGAAGUGGGGGUGCUGAGGGCGGAGAGGGACUUCUACAGGAACAAGACACGGAGAGGACGGCGGUGUGGGGAGGACACCAUAACACACCCCACUGUCUCACUGCAGCCAAGGACACGCAGUCCGGUCAAGGACGAGUGGGAGGACAUGAGUCCAGACAGUGACAGUGAGGACUUCUCUGACACUCGGCGUGCUGCUCAUCCUCUCCAGGCCUGCGAGGCUCUCCCUCGUCGAGUCAGAGACAGCUUCACCAGGGCUCACAGCACAGUAUCACAGCUUAACACGGAAGGGUGGAGGAGGAGGAAGAUGAUGAAAAGGAGGAGUGUAUGUGUGAUGAAGAAGGGAGCAGGAGUAUGUGAGGAGGCAGUAGUGAGGAAGAGGAGGGUGAUGAAGAGAGGUGGUGUGUGUGCUGUGUUCACUCAGAGGCUUGCCUGUCUGCAGCAGCAGGUUGCAGUUCUGCAGGCGGCCAGCAGGGCGGCGCACGACGAGCGACUCAAAUACCAACACACACACAAUGAACUGCAGACACUAACAAACACGCUGCAGCAACAGAAGGCGGUGUUGGAGGCGGAGUUAGAGCGGUUGAAGAAGUCCCGCCCCCCUGAGGCACAACACCAGCUGUCUGUCACCGCGUCGGCCCCUAACCCUGACCUCCCUAAUGUCAAAACACUGGAGAGUGAAAUCAAACAGCUCAACAACAGGCUGAAGAGUUCUAGUGCCGAGGUGAGCCGUCAGAGUGCUUUGAUUAAAGGCCUCAGGACAGAGCUGCAUGAGCGAGACCAACGACUUAAGGAGCUACAGGACAAGGUGUGCCACUGUGAGAGGGAUGUGGUGAUGAAGAGACAGUUGGUGGAAGAUCUGCGCAGUCGGCUGAAGAUCCUGCAGGAUUCAGAGAGCAGCCAUCGCUCACACAUCGACGAACUGGAGAGAAAGGUGAAGGCUCAGUGUGAGGAAGCAUCCAACAGGAAGUCAUUUAUGGAGUCUCUAAAGAGGAGGCUGAGUGUUGUUACUCAGGACAAACAGCAGUGUGAGAACAUCACCAGCACACUCCGAGAGCAGCUACACACUAAGGAGCAAAAGCUAACAGCGCUGCAGGCUCGGGUGACGGAGUGUGAGAGGUCAAAGGUCAAUCUGGAGCAGACAGCAACAGAGCAGAUGAUGCUUCUGACCAAUCAGAGCACAGAGACGAUACACACGCUGCAGAACAAACUCACACUGGCACAGUGUCAACACCAACACUUAUGUUCAGUCAUCCAGGCUCUGGCUAUGGAAGUAGACAGAGAGGUGAGGGAGACCAGAGGUGAGCUGAGAAAGAGGAGGAGAGAGAGGAAGAAAAGGGAGGGAUCAGGAAGAGGAGGAGUAUCUAAGCGCUCCAUGGCGAAAGCUCAGUCCAUCGCUGCCUCUAUCCUCAAUGUCAGUGCUAAUGACCUGGCUAGCAUCCUGGAUACAGACCAGGAGGAAGAGGGUGAUGGAGAAGCAGAUGGAGAUUGGAUAAAUCACAUUCAGCAGCUCCUACAGCAGCAGUGUGUCUCUACAGGUGAGUUGUUGGAUGUUCUCUUGGUGAAGAUGAAGGAGAACAAGGCUUUGAUGGAGGAGCUGGUCACUCAGAGAGACAGCCACUGAACACAAUGGAGGAAUAAGCACACAUCUGUCCGUCCUGCCUUUUCUUAGUCAUGCAUUAUACUUUACUCCUGUUCUCUCUCUUUCCUGUUACCUUUCUUCCUUUUGUCUUCCUCCUUCAUUUUUUAUUUCAUUCACCAUCUUGGUCACUCUUUCUUUCUCCUCUUUUUUCUGUUAUCUUAAACUGGAGUGUAAAUUCUGUAGCAUUGUAUUUGGAGUGUGUGUGUGUGUGUGUGUCAGAUGUAAUGUGUGUGUGUCAGAUGUAAUGUGUGUGUCAGAUGUGUGUGUGUGUCAGAUGUAAUGUAUGUGUGUGUGUGUCAGAUGUAAUGUGUGUGUGUGCAUGUGUGUCAGAUGUAAUGUGUGUGUGUGCAUGUGUGUCAGAUGUAAUGUGUGUGUACACAAUUAGGAUCCAUAUGAAUUAAACUAAUUUGUAUAGUGUGUUUA